GUAUUUAAUUAAUUCAUUAUGGCAGUCCUGGCGCUCCAUAGGCACCAGCGCCAGAGGUGAGGUUGAAUACAAAGACUGUCCUCUGGACACCGUAUAACAUGCCCGAUCCCAAGGCCCUAUAUGUAUGUGUUAUGAGAGUGUGAGUAAUGUGGAUGUCUAGGUUGUGGAAUAAAAUCAGUCUGCUGAUAAAACAGUGAGCACAGUGAGAAGAUCUUCACUGAGCUGAUCCAUCUCAUCUCAUAAAAUUGAGGCACAGGUGACCAGGAGGGGACAGAGGGGGAACGACCUUUUAUUGCUUUUUUCUACAACAAUUUCUUAGUUCAGCUGCAGUAUUUGAUAUCCUGUAAUGACUAAAAUGAUAAUUUAAACUAAUUUACAUAAAAAGAUUGUCUUUUAAAUGUUAAGGUUAUUUAACAACUUUAAAGGCUGAGCAGUGCUAUUUUUAAAUGAAAAACUCACAGGCUCACAUGUUCCAGGAUUGAAUUAGUGUCUGAUAACCCUCCCUCUUCCUGCUCUCUAACUCAGCACCUCCUCUCUGUCCACAUGUUCCCUUGUUCCCUCCCCUUCUGAUCUGCAGUUUGAAGAUGGGUGCAACCAACAUGUGGUGACGUAUAAGAGCUGACAGAUCCCAUUCGCUACAGAAACCUAUGUUGUUUAGAUCAGAGCAGUUUCAGUUCUAAGGAAGUGAAACUCACACAGUCACUGACACUGUUGGGUGAAAUGGCGCAGAAAAGUGUUCAGCUGGACCGAGAAACCUUCUCUUGUUCGAUCUGUUUGGAUCUACUGAAGAAUCCGGUGGCUAUUCCCUGUGGACACAGCUACUGCAUGAAGUGUAUUGAAAGCUUCUGGGAUGAAGAGGAAAAGAAGAAAAUCUACAGCUGCCCUCAGUGCAGACAGACUUUCACAGCGAGGCCUGUCCUGGAGAAAAACACCAUGUUAGCAGUUUUAGUGGAGGAGCUGAAGAAGACUGGACUCCAAGCUGCUCCUGCUGAUCACUGCUAUGCUGGACCUGAAGAUGUGGCCUGUGAUGUCUGCACUGGGAGAAAAAUGAAAGCCUUCAAGUCCUGUUUAGUCUGUCUGGCAUCUUACUGUGAGAAACACCUUCAGACUCAUAAUAUUGUUGCAGUUUCAUUAAGGAAACACAAGCUGGUGGAGCCCUCCAAGAAGCUCCAGGAGAACAUCUGCUCUCGUCAUGAUGAGGUGAUGAAGAUGUUCUGCCGUACUGAUCAGCAGAGUAUCUGUUAUCUCUGCCCUGUGGAUGAACAUAAAGGCCACGACACAGUCUCAGCUGCAGCAGAAAGGACUGAGAGGCAGAGAGAGCUGGAGGUGAGUCGACAAAACAUCCAGCAGAGAAUCCAGGACAGAGAGAAAGAUGUGAAGCUGCUUCAACAGGAGGUGGAGGCCAUCAAUCAGUCUGCUGAUCAAACAGUGGAGCACAGUGAGAAGAUCUUCACUGAGCUGAUCCAUCUCAUCCAGAAAAGAAGCUCUGAUGUGAAGCAGCAGAUCAGAUCCCAGCAGGAAACUGAAGUGAGUCGAGUCAAAGAGCUUCAGGAGAAGCUGGAGCAGGAGAUCACUGAGCUGAAGAGGAAAGAUGCUGAGCUGAAGCAGCUCUCACACACAGAGGAUCACAUCCAGUUUCUACACAACUACCCCUCACUGUCAGCACUCAGUGAGUCUACAGACUCAUCCAGCAUCAAUAUCCGUCCUCUGAGCUACUUUGAGGAUGUGACAGCAGCUGUGUCAGAGGUCAGAGAUAAACUACAGGACAUUCUGAGAGAGGAAUGGACAAACAUCUCACUGACAGUCACUGAAGUGGAUGUUUUACUGUCACAACCAGAGCCAAAGACCAGAGCUGGAUUCUUAAAAUAUUCAUGUGAAAUCACACUGGAUCCAAACACAGCGUACAAACUGCUGUUAUUAUCAGAGGACAACAGAAAAGCAACAUUAAUGAGACAACAACAGUCUUAUUCUGAUCAUCCAGACAGAUUCACUUGGCAGCAGGUCCUGAGUAGAGAGAGUCUGACUGGACGUUGUUACUGGGAGGUGGAGUGGAGAGGGGGAGGAGUUUAUGUAGCAGUCGCAUACAAGAAUAUCAGCAGAAAAGGAGGAGGUGAUGAAUGUGGAUUUGGAUGUAAUGACAAAUCUUGGUCAUUAAAUUGUAACAACAACAGUUUUACAUUUUGGUACAACAACAUCCAAACUCCUGUCUCAGGUCCUCGUUCCUCCAGAGUAGGAGUGUACCUGGAUCACAGAGCAGGUAUUUUGUCCUUCUACAGCGUCUCUGAAACCAUGACUCUCCUCCACAGAGUCCAGACCACAUUCACUCAGCUGCUCUAUGCUGGACUGUUGGUUUACUAUGAUUAUGGAGACACUGCUGAGUUGAUUAAAGUGAAAUAGACUGAAGUCUUUCAUAUUGUUGUAAGUUUAAAUCUGUAUUUUAGUUCCCU